AUGCGUCUGGACGCGCUUGGCUAUGCUCUCAUCAUCAUUCAUUUGUCGCGUUCUAACGUUGCCGCCGCCAUCGUCAAUGGGACAAUCGACGACCAGUUUGGUGACUCGGUGACACACCAACGAGUCGAUUAUUAUCCGAGCCAGAACGUCUGGGAUGAUCAAACGUGCGGCAGUGACAAGUGCGAUAUUGUUCUCGACAGGUCCCAGGUAUUCGACAAUACAUAUACUGCGGGGACGUAUGACCCCGCUAAAGUAGGGUCAAUUGGAAUCAACAUGCAGUUUACUGGAACUGCGAUUUAUGUGUUCUUCAUCAUUGCAAACUUCUUACACGGCCCAACUUUAAACAGCGCCAACUUCUCAGUUGAUGGAAAACCACCAGUACUCUUCGCAACUACAAUACCUGUAACACCAACCGUCAUACCCCACUACGAUGUGUUGGUUUUUUCUCUAACAAACCUCUCGAGUGCUCUCCAUACACUGAACAUCUCCACCACGGGUCCCACGACCUCAUACGUCAACUUUGACUAUGCAAUCUAUACCUACGACGAUGGUAUUGCAACCACCUCGCCCCCCACGGCGAAAACAACGUCUACCACCGUUACGGGUGCACCAGCUCGGAGGACUCCAGUAGGCGCCAUUGUCGGUGGUAUAGCAGGUGGAAUUACGUUGUUUGCCCUUCUCAUCUCCCUUCUGUUCUGCUGGCAUCGUCGGGGAGGUCACGAUGCUCUUCAGAGUGAUAAGGUAGAUGGGGACCCCGAGCGUAUAAUAACGCAAUUUAUGGCCACCGUCACAGUACCCGGCAGCGAGUCUUCCAAUACUGACAACCGGGCAAACAUGCGUAAUAACCACCGAACGCCGCCUUCAGAGAAAGCUUUACCGUCAACUUCAAAUUUAAGUGUACUCGGUGCCGGUGCUCGUACUAGCAACAGCCGUGGUGCCUCUCCUCCGCUGCAAUCUCCUUUGGAUGACCCAGGAACACGGGAGGAGGUUCGCCGUGCACGACAAGAGGACCUCGAUAAUCAGCUAAGGGUGGCACAGCAUAACAUAGUACAAUUGGAGGAGUCGAGCGCACGCCCCGGGAGAUCAGUGUCAUUGAGACGGCAGACUUCGGGGCAGUUUGGGAUCUUUGAAGAUGAGGUUCAAUUGUCGCUGCCUGAUAUGCAAGGGGUAAUUCGGUCGCUGAAGGAGCAAAUACGCGUCUUGAAGGAACAGCGACAGUCGGCGUGGGCCCAGGGAUUAUCGGAUGAUCGUCCGCCUGGAUAUACGCCGAUGGAGGUGGGGGUGCAGAUUUCAAGGGAGGCGUCGUCAUAA